AUGGGCGGAAAGGAUCCGCAAGAUCUGUUCAAGCUUCAAGAAAAAAUCGGCAAGGGCAGCUUUGGCGAAGUUUGGAAAGCACAAGAGAUCAAAACGAAGAAAAUCGUCGCUGUAAAAAUCAUCGACCUCGAAAAGUCAGACGAUGAAAUUGAUGAUAUUCAACAGGAAAUCGCGAUGCUUUCUGAAUGUUCCUCUCCCUAUGUGACUAAAUACUACGGUUCCUAUUUGAACUCAAAGGAACUUUGGAUCGUUAUGGAGCUGUUGACUGGCGGAUCUGCGAAUGAUCUGCUCAAAAUGGGUAAGCUCGAUGAAGUCUACAUCGCUGUUAUCCUCCGCGAAGUCUGCAGAGCACUCGAUUAUCUUCAUUCAAAAGAACGCAAAAUUCACAGAGACAUAAAAGCCGCCAACGUCCUUCUCACGGACACUGGUGACGUCAAACUGGCCGAUUUCGGUGUCGCUGCGCAAAUUUCAGAAACGACGAUGAAAAGAAAUACGUUUGUAGGAACGCCGUUUUGGAUGGCGCCGGAAGUAAUUAAACAGUCCGCCUAUGAUUAUCAAGCUGAUAUUUGGUCCCUAGGAAUAACUGCCAUAGAACUCGCCAAAGGCGAGCCUCCCAAGUCCGACCAACACCCGAUGAAAGCUUUGAUGAGCAUUCCAAAUGAUGCCGCUCCAGAACUUGACGGCGAUUUCAGCCGAGAUUUCAAACAGUUUGUUGCCAGUUGCUUGAACAAAGAACCUCAAAACCGCCCAUCACCAAAAGACCUUCUCAAAAUGAAAUUCCUCAAAAACGCGAAAAAGAACUCGAUUCUUCAAGAGCCAAUUAACAAGUUCAAAAAGUGGAAGAAACGCAAUCCGACGGAAGAGGACGUAGAAAAUGAGCUUGAUGCGACAAUCAAGUUGAUACCAAACUGGGACUUCGACACGGUCAAACCUGCCAAAACUCGUCCUGAAGCGUCGUUCAUUCAAAGACAGCCAUCUCCCAAAGAAGAUCGCCGUCACGCAAGCCCAACUCGCGCGGUCAGUCCCCUCGCUCCCGCGCAGCCUGUUCCCGCUCAACCUUCCCAACCCGCUCCGACAAGGCCACAAUCUCACGUAACAGCCGCAGCAGCAGCAGUUGCAUACAGUAACAACCGCGUCCCAUUGGAUCCUCCCACUGAUCCUACUCCAGCUCCACCCAGCGAUCCAGCUCCAGUACCAGUCAUUCCAAAGCAAAAAACGUCCCCUCGACAAAACGACACGACUGUUGAGAAGUCGGCGUCGUUAUAUGAUGUCGUGGCGCCAAUUCUGUCAGAAAUGAAGACGCAGCAUAAAUAUCAAGAUUGUACUUCUGCGCUGGACGAAGUGCGAAUCAGUCUACUCAAGCUGGAGGAAAUCCGCCCAGGAAUCACAGACAAGCUUGUAGCCGAACUAACACAACUCGUCCGCGACCCCUACUCUGUUAAUAAUUAA